AUGCCGACUCUCUCACUCAUCAACUUCAAUAUUGUCUGCGCGACACUAGGAGGCUUCAUCUCCCUCUUUGGGCUAGUCUCCUACUUAUGCAAGGAGCGCUUCUACCUCUCCGAAGCUCGUAUGUUUUUUUCCCCUGUGCUUAUUUUUAUGCCGUCCGUCCUAACUGAGGUAAAAGUGAUCUCCCUGCUUGCAGGCGUAGCCUUCUCCCCACAUGCAGCCAAUCUUAUCCGACCAGAAGACUACGCUCUUCACUCAGAGAAGAACCUCGAGGCCAUCACCCUGCACUUCGCCCGUCUAGUCCUGGGCGUACAGCUAGUCCUUGCGGGUGUGCAACUUCCCAAGCGUUAUCUCCAGAUAGAAUGGAAGAGCCUGUCCUUACUUCUGGGGCCGGGUAUGGCAGCUAUGUGGAUUAGCAGCAGCCUGAUCAUUUACGCCAUGGUUCCGAAUCUCCAAUUUCUGCAUGCCCUGAUAGUGGGUGCAUGCGUGACACCCACAGAUCCCGUGCUGUCCAAUUCGAUUGUCAAGGGCAAGUUCGCCGAUAAGCAUGUCCCGCGUCCGCUGCAGAGGAUCAUCAUCGCCGAGUCCGGGGCUAAUGAUGGACUGGGAUAUCCGUUCCUGUUCUUUGGGAUUUACUUGCUGAAGUAUAUCGGAAUGGGAGGGGAAGGAUAUAGCGGGGGUGCUGGGAAGGCGAUUGGGCUGUGGGUUUAUGAGACUUGGGUCUAUACUAUUCUUCUCAGUGUCGCUUAUGGCGUUGUUGUGGGAUGGCUUUCGAGGAAGCUUCUCCACUGGGCGGAGGAGAAACGAUAUGUUGAUCGGGAAAGCUUCCUGGUCUUCGCUCUCGCUCUCGCAGAAGACAGUGACUGGUUUCGCCUGGAGACAAUGGACGACUCGUUGCAACCGACCAUCGACAUGCUGCUCAACCUAGCGGUCUUCAUGUGGUUCGGCGCAGUGUGCCCGUGGGCUUCCUUCUUGAAAAAUGACAUCAUCCCAAUUUACCGGCUCAUCUUCCUCGGGAUUCUGAUCCUCCUUGUGCGCCGACUCCCCAUCAUUUUCGCCAUGCACAAAUACAUCCAUCAGAUCGAGCAUUUACGGCAAGCCGCAUUUGUGGGAUUCUUUGGUCCUAUCGGCGUUGGAGCCAUCUUCUAUCUGUCUAUCUGCCGAGAGUUCCUGAUGGAGAUCACGGUUGACGGACACAUCCGAGAAGACGCAGAGAAGCUCUCCGAGACUGUGAAGGUAGUCGUCUGGUUUCUGGUCAUUUGCAGCAUUGUUGUUCAUGGCCUCUCAGUCCCGCUUGGAAAAGCCGGAUACCAUCUCCCAAGGACAAUAUCCAGUGCGAUCAGCACCAGCAUAGAUGAGCCGGAGGCAGUACCCAUCGAUAACUUCCAACACACGCACAGCACGGCGACUCCGCGGCCUGACGGUGCAGAGCCGAGCCGUCGGAGUCGUAAGUACGAUAGCGAGCGGGAAGAGCCUCCACGGCCGCCUAUUUUCCGGGUCGGUCGCUCGGUUAUUCGCACUCAUUCGCCAUCGAGCCAGCUUCAGGUUGGUGUCGGUCAGGAGGAUGAACCGGAAAGGCCUGUUCAUUUGGUUAUUCGGGAACCUGAGGGCGGCGUGCACAAUGGGCAGCCAGCGAGAUCACCGCCUGACCCUUGA